AUACAAUACAUUCAAAUAAUCUUGUCUCAAAAAUUCUAGUGGAAUGUUGCUCAAUUAAUGAUUACAUUAUCAUACACGUCAGGACAUGACAUAAUUCACUCUGACGAUGGGCAGUAUUAGAGGAGGCUGUGUUUAUUUACUGCGCGAGGUCUACUGUUCACAGAACUACUAGUGUCUACAGUGUGAAAUACAGUAUUCCGAUAACUUUGAUUAUUUGAUUUACUCAAGUAAUUCCCUAAUUACCUGAGGUUUUAGAGUUCUUUAUACUCUUUUGAAAUAUUAUCCAUAGAAAAGUUUAUUUUCUAUAGUAAUUCUCACGUUUUGAUACUCCAACUUGUGAAUCGAUAAAAGUAAAGUAUCGAAUCAUCCGUCACCGAUACCGAUACCACCGGUAUCGGAGGCAAAAUAUCGAUACCAGUAAGUAUCGAAAGUAUCGGAACGUCCCUUCCCUAGAACAGACAAAGACAACACAACAGUGAAGGAGAGAAGUUGAUAUAGAGGCCAAGCCAAACCAGCGAAGAGCAAACAAAGGAUUAAUUUACAUUUUGAUUUAGUCUCCAGUUAGUUAAUAUAAUAACGUUAAAAUCAUGGAAUCUAUUGUGGAUCCUGAGCCAUCAAAAGUCUCUGAUGAAGGGCCAGUAGAGGUAUCAGACAUCAAAUACAUCAUUGAUACAGAAGACAGGCUAGGCGAGCUGAAACUUCUCAAAGCAGAACAGGUGGAACCUGAGCCAUCAAGGGUCUCUGAUGAAGAGCCAGUCAAUGAAGGGCCAGCAGAGAUGUCAGACAUCAAAGACAUGACGGAUUCAGUCGACAGCAUGUACAGGCAUAGCGAGCUGAAACUUCUCGAAGAAGAACAGGUGGAACCUGAGCCAUCAAGGGUCUCUGAUGAAGAGCCAGUCAAUGAAGGGCCAGCAGAGAUGUCAGACAUCAAAGACAUGACGGAUUCAGUCGACAGCAUGUACAGGCAUAGCGAGCUGAAACUUCUCGAAGAAGAACAGGUAUCAGCCACCCCUGUACAAGUGGAGCAAUCAAUCUCAAACGAAGGAGUCAACUUGAUGGAAAAUGAAUGCAAAGACAAGGAACGACCAUCUAACAAAGAGUUAACUCUACCCACUGCCUAUGUCAAACUGUAUCGCAUUGGAGUGCUGGAUAGAAUUGCCAGAACCCUUCACCAAAAGCAGCGCUCUGAUGACGAUUAUGAUGAUGAUUAUGAACCAUCAUCAGCUGAUAGUGGGAGUGAUUCGUCUGCAGAAGAGGAGGAAGAAGGAAACAAUGAAGAAAUGGUAGGAGAGGGGAGGGUUUCAUGCAAGACUACUUCUAAAAAGCUUCAUCAAUGUAAAUUCUGUGCAAAGAGCUUCUCUCAGAAUUCUAAUUUGACUGUUCACAUCCGUACUCAUACCAAAGAGAAGCCUUAUCAUUGUACAGUCUGUACAAAAACGUUCUCUCAGUCUGGUCAUCUAACUAUUCACAUGCGUACCCACACCAAAGAGAAGCCUUUUCAGUGUACAGUCUGCACCAAAAGGUUCUCUGUGUCUGGUCAUUUAACUGUUCAUAUGCGUACCCACACCAAAGAGAAGCCAUUCCAGUGUACAGUCUGCACCAAAAGGUUCUCUCAGUCUGGUCAUCUAACUAUUCACAUGCGUACCCACACCAAAGAGAAGCCUUUUCAGUGUACAGUCUGCACCAAAAGGUUCUCUGUGUCUGGUGCCUUGACUAAGCAUAUGCGUACCCACACCAAAGAGAAGCCUUUUCAGUGUACAGUCUGCACCAAAAGGUUCUCUGUGUCUGGUGCCUUGAUUGGUCAUAUGCGUACCCACACCAAAGAGAAGCCAUUUCAGUGUACAGUCUGCACCAAAAGGUUCUCUGUUUCUAGUAAUUUGACUGUUCACAUGCGUACUCACACCAAAGAGAAGCCUUUUCAGUGUACAGUCUGCACCAAAAGGUUCUCUGUUUCUAGUAAUUUGACUGUUCACAUGCGUACUCACACCAAAGAGAAGCCAUUCCAGUGUACAGUCUGCACCAAAAGGUUCUCUGUGUCUGGUCAUUUAACUGUUCAUAUGCGUACACACACCAAAGAGAAGCCUUUCCAGUGUACAGUCUGCACCAAAAGGUUCUCUGUUUCUAGUAAUUUGACUGUUCACAUGCGUACUCACACCAAAGAGAAGCCUUUUCAGUGUACAGUCUGCACCAAAAGGUUCUCUGUGUCUGGUGCCUUGACUAAGCAUAUGCGUACCCACACCAAAGAGAAGCCAUUCCAGUGUACAGUCUGCACCAAAAGGUUCUCUCAGUCUGGUCAUCUAACUAUUCACAUCCGUACUCACACCAAAGAGAAGCCAUUCCGGUGUACAGUCUGUACAGGAAGAUUUUCCCAGUCUAGUCAUUUAACUCGUCAUAUGCGCACUCACACCAAUGAGAGACCAUUCCAGUGAACAGUAUGUAGGAAAAGUUCUCUCAGUGUGGAAAAAUGAAUCAACAUAAUAUGCGUUGUCACACAUCAGUUUAGAAUGUCUGAGUUUCUUCUCUAUUGGUGUGUUGUCUGUGUAAUAUCUCUCUAAUAUUGUUCUUAUUAAAAAAAAACUAAUUAUUCGGUAGAUUUGCAUUGCAAAAUAAGUUGACUGGAUGUUCCAUCCACAAUAAUUGUGAAUUAAUUUUUCAAAUAUCAAUAUGGUGUGUAUAACAUAAGUUGUGAAUUAUGUUGCCAAAUUGUGCAAAAUUUCAAUCUUUUCAUGCGAGUCCAUAUGACAGGAUCUAUUCAAUUCGACAACACUGUCGAUGCUGAGUUGUCAAUAUGAAUAUAUCCAGUUAUAUGGGCUUACAUGAACAAAUUGAAAUUUUGCACAAUUUGGAAACACGGAUAUUUUCUCCAAGCCUCAACUAAUUUUAUAGAAACUCUUGUAUCAUGUUGUAUUGUUCUUAGCUACAUAAUAAUGUAUUCAUAGAUAAGUAAGCUUCCAUUGUAAAAAUUGUAAAAUAAAUAAAUAGAUGAAUAAAUAAGGCGACUCCCACAUUUGAGGUUUAAGCAGCAAUCAAUACGGUAUAAAUAAAAAAAACAUGAGACAUUAGUGCAAUAUUUUCACAUUUGGAGCGUUCACCAGAACGUUCUUCAACAUUGUAGAAAUAUACUUAAUCUACAAAAUACUCUAUCUCAAUAUUAUGUAAAUUUAUUAUUGAAUCGAGAAAUAGAGAAGGCUAUAAUGCAGUAUUUGAUUAACAUUGGCGUUGCUAUCCUUGUAUAUCAAUCAACAAAGCAGACAGUGGUAUCAUUUUCUACCUCUGCAACUUUGCCAGAUCGUUCUUCAACUAUGUAUAAAUAUUAUUAAUUUACAAAAUACUUCAUUUAAAUUAUAAAAAUUAAUUAUUGAAUCGACAGAUAGGAGGUUCAGAAAUCUGUUUGUAAUAUUCCUUGUAAAUAAUCCCUUAUAUGGAGAGAAACUUAUAUUCGAGGGUUUUUAAAUUAAUAGAAAAUAAUGUACUGUACAUAUUAUAGUAAAUGGAUGUCAAUUAGAGUCCAAUUUUUGUGGAUGUUUAUUGUUGUGUUGUAUAAACCUUGUACUUAUUGUGCUGUAUUGUAUUGUGUUGUGUUUACAGGCCUGGUUAUGUCAAAUUGUGAUGUUCUAUUGAGUCAUUAGCCUCAACAUAUUUUUAAAAGAUAAAUUCUAUUCUAUUCUUAUCUUUGUGUUCUCAUAAUGAUAAAUAACUUGUCACUUGUGUAUUAUGAAAUAUGUGUAAUAAUAAUGUAAUACUAUUUAUAUUAAAUUUGAAUAUUCUGUGUUGAAA